CAUGUGACAUGCGUGGGCACGGUGUGUGUACUUCCAAACCGGUAAGGAAGGAACUGGCUGCUUAUGAAAACAUGCCUGAAGCAGUAAAAAUAACAGAAACAGAUUUACUUCGAGAUGGUUUUGGAACCCGUCCCUUCUUCCAAUGUUUAGUAGCAGAGGUAUCAUCGGAAAAUGUAAUGUUAGAUGCAGCUAUUGUAGCUUUUGCUAUGUAUUACUUUACAUACGACCCUUGGAUUGGCAAGCUGUUAUACUUAGAAGACUUUUAUGUUAUGGAAGAAUAUAGAGGCUGGGGCAUUGGAACGGAACUUUUAAAAAAUUUAAGUCAGAUCGCCCUGGAGUCCAACUGCAGCUGCAUGCACUUUCUCGUCGUGGUUUGGAAUAAGCCGUCGAUCGAGUACUACAUGAGGCACGGGGCAUCCGAUCUCUCCACCGAAGAGGGAUGGCAUCUCUUCCGAUUUGAUAAAGAGCACCUCCUCAGAAUGGCUACUGGGCAGUAACAAGGGAGUCUGUCUCUCUCUCCCUCUCCAAGGUUGCCGUGCCGUCGGCUCACCAGUCACAAGAAAACCUCUAGCUGAAAUUGAGGCUCUCUAAAGCAGGCAAACACUAGCAACAAGAAAUUAAAAAGGAAGCUUGCUUGUUUUAUGACCGGCAGUAGCUUGAUACGUGAUUGGCUUCUGGUGUUUUUCCAUUGGCAAGCUUGUGUUGGUGUGACACGAAAUCCCCCCACCCCCACCCCCGGUCCCAAUAUUUGGUUAAUAAGUAUCGUAUUUUUCAGAGUAUAAGACGUGCAUUAGUUUUUCGGAAGGAAAACAAAAAACAAAAAUUCUUCCUCUGCUUACCAGCAUCCAUCUGUAUUCCUCUUGCUAGCGGUCCUUGCAGCAAACAGUUUGGUCAGCUUCAGCACGUUAUCGCAUCCCGAUUCAGCACGAGCAGCUGAUUGGUGGUUGGAUCGGCCUCCCGGAAUACUGCCAAUCAGCUGUUCCAGGCAGCGGGGAUCGCCACAGCAUCGCUGCCUCCACGCGUCACGUUUUUGGCCUCAGCAUACCCCGUUUUUGGCCUCCGGGCGUCAUGUUUUCAGCCGGUUCCAGGCAGCGGGGAGAGGUGGCGGCAGUGGCGAUCACCACCACCUGGAACUGGCUGAAAACACGACGCAUGGAGGCCAAAAAUGCAACGUACGGAGGCCGAAAACAGCUGAAGGGUGGAGGUGGCAGGUGGGCGGGGCUUCAGCAACAUUCGCUGUAUAAGAUGCACAGCCAUUUCCACCCAAUUUUAGCGGGGGGAGGGGGAAGGAGGAGUGCGUCUUAUACUCUGAAAAGUACGGUACGUACAUCGGCACCUUAGAUGGGCUCUCUUGGUUGUUGAGGGCUCCUUGACUAAAGUCAGAACUUCAUUAGCAUCUACACUUGAAACCUGAAUUUGUAGUCAAGGUUUUCUACAGGUUAAGAGAUGUUGGGUCUCUCUAAAGCCUAGCAGUGCCGGAUGAAAAGCCAUGUGUGAAUUGGAGGAGGAGUGGAAAUGUGCAAGAAUGGUUACCUGCCUGUCUAGCUUAAUCUGCCAGGCCGACAUAACCACCUUCAUUAAGAUAUUCCAUGGAUUGCUAAAAUGCUUAGACUGUUUUAGCAAGGGGAGGUAGGACAAAUAUUCUGAGCAGAAAACCUCAGGAUUUCCUCCAAGGAGGAGAAAAAGUGGAACUAUCAGUAUUUGGGUGUGUGUGUGUGUGUGUGUGUGUCAGUCCAAUUCAUAUCCAUAAGAUGCUAUACCAAAAGACCCGCAACCAACAUACCUUCAGUCGUCGCUACACUUUUACAAUGAUGCAAAAGUGAACAUCUGCAGUUAUGAAAACUUUUGAAAGGCUGGUGCUGUCUCACUUGAAAACCAUCACGGAUCCGCUGUUAGACCCCUUGCAAUUUGACUACCGAGCAAACAGAUCGGCAGAUGAUGCUGUUAAUAUGGCUCUGCACUACAUCCUACAACAUCUUGAAUCUCCGAAGACCUAUGCAAGGGUCCUCUUUGCAGACUUUAGUACAGAAUUCAACACCAUCAUUCCAGACACUCUGCUAAACCAGCUAGUGGUACCUGGACACAUUUGUAAAUGGAUCAUAAGCUUCCUAACAGACAGGAAGCAGCAGGUGAAGCUAAGCAGAAUCACAUCAGAUACUGUACAAUUAGCACAUUACCUGAACACCCAGAUUUUGACCCUUUUUUUGGGGGGGAGGGGAAAGGUAUUUUGAAAAAUAUGGUAAUAGCCCUCUUUGUAAAGGAAUAGAAUAGAAUGAAUGAGCUGGAAGAGACCUUGGAAGUUUUCUAGUCCAGCCCCCUGCUCAAGCAGGAAAACCUAUACCAGAGAUGGUGAACCUUUUCGGCACCGACUGUCCAAACUGGAAUGUUUGGAAUGCCGGAAACACGAAGACCAGCUGGCCGGUGCGCAGGGAGCAGCUGGCAAUGGCACGUGUGCCCACAGAGAAGGCUCUGCAUGCCACCUCUGGCACGCGUGCCAUAGGUUCGCCAUCACGGACCUCUAUUUCAGAUAAGUGAUUGUCUAAUCUCUUCUUAAAAAGCACCCACGAUUUCUGGAGGCAAGCUGUUCCACGGGUUAAUUGUCCUUGCUGUUAGGAAGUUUCUCUUUUAAUUCCAGGUUGCUUCUCUCCUUGAUUAGUUUCCAUCCAUUGUUUCUUGUCCUGGCCUCUGGUGCUUUGGAGAAUAAUUUGAUCCCCUCUUCUUUGUGGCAGCCCCUUAAAUACUGGAAUACUGCUACCGCGUCGCCCCUAAUUCUUCUUUUCUUUAGACUAGCCAAGCCCAAAUCCUGCAGCCGUUCUUCAUAUGGUUUAGUCUCCAGGCCUUUUGUUGUGGUCUGCCAGCAGCCUGCGCACCUGGCAGUGGAGUCGGACAGUGAGGAGGCUGGAGAGGACAAUGGGCCAGUCCUGGAAUCAGGGGAAGGUCCGGAUGAGGGCUCUGCAUUGGAGGCAGAGAUGGGGCCAGGGCUAUCUGGGAGUGAUGCACGGACUCCGGAGCCUCCAGAGGCGGACAGCAGAGAGGC